UGGCUGCUGCCGCUGCUGCCUUAUCAGACAAGUUGACGGCGUACGCGUUCUCCGUCGGCUAUACAUAUACCAACAUCUAUGUACGCAGAACGCAGUCUACAGCCGUGCCGCAACACACAGCAGCAGGCCAGCCGGAAGGAACAGCCACGCACCGAUCGACGACGGCGCCCAGCUAGCUAGCUCUCGCUCCAUCGCUCUCAUUAGCCAGCGACCACAUACAUAUGGCCACCGUGGACGCCACGACGCCGACGGAGUCCGGCGGCAAGCAGCAGGCGCCGUCCCUUCCGGCGUGCAGAAGCUUCUCCGGCGCCAACCCGGCCCUUCGGGUGCUCCUGUUCGCGGUGACGCUCGCGGGGCUGGUCCUGCUGGCCACCGCCAAGCAGACGGUGCGCGUGCCAAUCCCGCAGUUCCCGGGGCUCCUCCUCUCCCGACCCGCCAAGUUCACGGACUCGCCGGCGCUCAUAUAUCUGCUGGUGGCUCUCGUCGUGACGUGCUUCUACAGCUUGCUGACGGCCCUCGCCUCGCUUAAGCUCGUCUCCGGCUCGUUUCCCGCCACCAGGACUCUCUUCCUGCUUGUUCUGCUCGAUGUGUUAUACGCAGCUAUCAUGGCUUCGGCGACCGGUUCAGGAGGUGGUGUAGCGUGGAUCGGCCUCAAGGGCAACUCGCACACCAACUGGAACAAGAUCUGCAACAUCUACGGCAAGUUCUGUCGUCACAUCGGCAGCUCCGUUUUCCUAGGCCUCGUCGCCUCCAUCAUCCUCGUCCUGCUUGCCAUCCUCAACGCCCACUCCUUGUACCGCCGCAGUCGCUAGCUACCUCAGUACAUCUGCCGUUGUUGCA